UUUUAUCCGGGUCUUUGCGUCAUGGAGAAUAAGAUUGUGUGAACACCUAUUUCAUGAGAUUAUUGAAUUGAUUAUGUAUGGACGUUUCUUAGAUAGAAAUAUUUAAAAUUAUGGAAAGACGAAGAGUUAGACAUAAACAAGGCAAUACGCAUAUAAGUCUUGCAACAAUCAAGCAAUACCUACUUUAUUCAACAUACCCAACUGGGUCGACACCGUCUGAUAAAAGGUCGGUGCGGAAGAGAGCCGAAAGCUUCAAAAUUGAAGAUGGGGAACUUUAUUAUAUUGUUAAACCCAAACGUAUUGAAGGAGAGCCGCUUGAUGCGAAUCCAGGGGCGAACAAAGCGAAUCUUCGCAAAGCAAUUUUUACAUCAAAGAAUCAGCUAUCUGUGACGACUAUGGUUCAUGUCCAAGGUGGAGGUGGUGCACACUUGGGCACUGAAAAGACUCUUAAUGCUUUGUCAUCUAAGUAUUACUGGGUAGGCAUGGCUAAUACAGUGCGGAAGGUUCUAAAAAAUUGUGCCAUCUGUUCAGCAAGCCGUCCUGCAGUAUCAACACUCAACACGAGCGUGUUCUCAAAUAUUGGAGAGUCUGAUCUAUUUUUACACAACAACAAUGAUAUGGCAGCUUCAGAGAAACCAGAUGUGUUCCAACACUCUGCGCAAGUAAUGAAUAAACAGGAGGAGAGUCCUGGGGAGAUGCAGUACAUUGUUACUGCAGAGUUACAGGAGCCAGAGGAAGUAGACUCGGACCUUGAUUUUGACCCAAACUGUGCUGUUGUUGAUGCUGUUUUCAACCCCAGAUCUGAUUUUGAUGUUGCCCGGAAAUUUUGGCAAAAGGUAGAGAUUCAGCUUAUAGGGCCAUUUCCCUACAAGAAAAAAAGAUCUGUCUAUGUGAUUGCAUCAAUGGAUUCUUUCUCAAAGUGGCCAGAAGUAAACAAACUUGAGAAGGUCAAUGAAAAAACUGUAUCACAGUUUUGUCUGAGAUUAAUUGCGAGGUAUGGCAUCAUGGAGCAACUGUUGAUCCUUGAAAAUGAAGUCACCAAAGACAAAUGUCUUGAUGUUAAUGGUAUAGGCCAAAAUCUUCACUAUUAUAAUAUUUUUAUUUCCAAAGAAAGCACUUGUAUUUUGGAUGAGUGCUGGAGUCGGUUAGUAAACAAUAUAACAAGAUUUGUUAAGCUCUACACAGAUACAUGGUUUGAUUGUUUGGAUUUGUGCUUGAUUCCGCUUAGGAAUUCCCUUUCUCAGAAUUUAGAUUUUACACCAACAUAUUUACUAAUGGGAAGAGAACCAGUUUUUCCUGAAUCCAUCAUUCAUGGCAGAGAUUCAAGUGAUGCAGAGGUAGCGUUGAAUGAAGAACAAAUCAAGCAAUCCAUAGACACUGCCAUGUCCCACUACCUGCAGUGCUCUAUCCCAGACAUCAAGCAGUUCAUGCCCCUGCCCAUGGGGGAAGCUAUGCAUGAAGCUGUAGACAGACCCCCUCUUAGGAAGUCAUUGAGGCGGUCAAGAAAGUUUCACCGAUUGGCUGGUUUUGAUGGAGGGGAAGAGGAUGUGUCUGAUGAAUCAGAUAAAGAGGCAGAUUUACAGAGUGCCAGAAAACAGAAAAAUAUUGGAAAUUCAACAAAGAAUUGUCACAGCAAUGAUUCGGCAAUGACCAAGCAAGAAACUCAAAAGAAUGAAAAUGUAGAUAAUAUAAGUGAAGAAAAAGAUGAGGAUAAAAUAGAUGACACAUUAGAUAAGAUUGAUUUAGACACUUAUUAUAGUAUUAUUUAUUCAUACAAAAAAGAAGAUAACUACCCAUUGAACAGUGACAAUAUAUUUAAGAGAAUGAUUCGCAAAGCUAGUGAAAAUUUUGUCUUGGAAAAUGAUGUGUUGAUGUACAAACAGAAGGGAAAGUUGAAAAAAGUUCUAACCAAAAUGGAAGAUAGGCUAGCUGCAAUGAAAGAAUCACAUGUAGUAAAAGGAGAACACAUGUCACGUGCUAAAGUGCAAGAAACUCUAGAAGCCAGGAACAUCUUCUGGAAAGGUAUUUUCAUGGACGCCAGGGCUUUUGUGGGUGCCUGUCCUGACUGUAAGCACGGAGAACCUCGUAAGAGAAGAAGAGCUUCAAAAAAAGCUCUCAGGUGGCUGAGAGGAGGUGUAGAAGAUGAGGAAGAUUCAGACACUGAUCCCAACAUUGCCGGGGACAUUGGGAAAGUUACAAUACAAGAACUCAUUGAUUACCUUAGGAAAGAUGUAGAGCCUGAUGGCCUGACAAGAUCAGAAUUGCUGGGGUUUAGAAAAAAAGCUAAAAACUUCAAACUAGACAAGGGAAUAUUGUAUUACUGGCCAAACAAAAGAUUAGAUUUAAAACCUAGGAAAGUCCUAAAGACGGAGAAGGAGAGGCUGGAAGCACUGAAGAAAGCACAUGGUGAUAAUCAUGCUGGAAAAAAUGAGAUGAUGGAAUCUUUAAAGAAAAGUUGUUUCUGGCAAAGUAUGUCAGAAGACCUGGACCAGUUCCUGUCCAAGUGCUGCCAGCCAGAGUCUGGUGAUGAGGACAUGGAUAAAGACCCAGCACUGGAGCAGAGGCUCAAGUUGUUUCAAGAUUACUUUGCUGGCAAGGAUAUCUGCCCCAAGCAAGAGUCUUCAGAACAGCUACUCAAUAAAAAAGAUGAUUCCAAGGAAUUACAGAAGAAAAAAGAUCUAGUAGCGGCCGCUAUGGAAAGUGCCAUGUUGACUGUUCCCAACUCAACAGAGCUGUGUGUUCCCGCUGAGGAGUCUCCAAGUGUAUUAGGUGUGUCAGCCAGUUCAGAUCAUGAAGGUUUCCCAGCUAGUCAGACUCCUGAUACUUCCCUACAGAACCUUUGUCAGGAUCAGAUCUCACCCAAUGAUGCCCACACCACAGAACUUAAGGUAGAACAAGAUAAAGAAUCCAUUGACAUGAAUGAUGAAGAUGAGGAUCUUGUUGAUGGUUUAGAAGAUGAAGAUUGGAAACCUAUGCAGGAAAUAACAGAAAAAGGGAAAUCAAAUUCGUUAUCCACCCCUGGAAGAAAGCCAAGUAUUCGCAGGAGAUGUGAGACAUGCCAGGAAGUCAUAAGGGGAGAUAAUAAUUUCAAAGAACAUAUGUACAAACAUACUGGAAUAAAGCCCUUCAGCUGUAACCAGUGUCACAAAAUGUUUACUAGCAUCAAGGGACUUAAUAUGCAUACACGUAAACAUACUGGACAUCGACCGUAUCUGUGCAAUAUUUGUGGGCGAGGUUUCCCCAGAUGUGCCUCACUGAGAUACCACAUCAAAACCCACGACAAAGGUGGCGGCGUCCCCGUGGUGUGUGACAUCUGCAGCAGGUCCUUCACCACAGAGAACCGCCUGCUCAAGCACAAGCUGUUCAAACACCCGGCCCAGGCCCCAGUCUACAUGUGCCAGCAGUGUGGGAAACACUUCACAGCCAAGCGCAGUUUGAAGAGGCACGAGGAGGCUCACCAGGGGAUUAAAAAGUACGAGUGUCAGUAUUGCAAGCGCAGUUUUUUCAGGAAGGAGUAUUUAAACUACCAUUUGGUCUCACAUUCUAAUGAGGACCCCACAUUAGCCAACUAUAAAAUGAAGAGCAAGCUGAAAAAAUCUCUAGGAAUGGAGAAGAAAAGAGAUUUCUCUACAGGACUGUCCAUAGUGUGCCUGGACUCUACAGGUGUACCAGUGACACAGGACCAUGAGAUGUACAGCCAGCUGGUGGAGGUCACUGACCCACAGGAGUGGACUGAGGUGCAAGGAGAAAGGACUAUAGUGUACGGUCUAGAAGGUAGCCAACGGGUGGAGGAGGUUGAUCAAGGCACGGGGGAGGAAACAACUGUAGCGGUCAUGGAUGGCCACCCAGACGGCAUGCAAGUCCAGCACAUCAUAAUGCCCGGUGACCACCACCACCACCACCCCGGGUCUGAGCUGACCCUGCACCACCAGCCUCAGGUGACCCACCAGCUGGAGCUGGACCAGACCCAGACCAUAGGGGUCACGAUACCGGGCGGCACGUUCACGCUGCCCAGCGGCGGUCAGCUGCAGACUAUAGACUCUGGUCAGGACACUGUCCAGUACCACGUGGAAUGUUUACCCGGUGAAACGUUGACCGAAGCAGACUUUAACGCCAUUAGAAUGUUAGCCCAGGCCUCCCUUGGUGGUACUCAUCUACUCCAGCAGUGAGAGUCUGGAUCUAUUUCGUCCCUAAGGGAUACAGGUGUACACUUGUACAUACACAGUCUAUAUAAAUAUAUAUAUAUAUAUAUUUUUAUUGCAACUUUCAGGCUUAGAUUUGCUGUUGGAUAUUUUUCAGCAAUAUAUGUUAUACAGCCUCGGUGAUAACUGGGGGGUGAGGAGCUAUAAUAAAA